AUGGUGCCGGUAUCCAUCUCUGCGCUCGUGAGUCUGCUCGCGUUUGCAAGGCUCAGCUUUGCGACAUCGAGUUCUGGGGACUCGGUUCUCGUAGAUAGGGAGAACAAUUCGAUCUUCUUUGGUGGACUUGAAAGCUAUAACCUCACGUUCUGUGCUCUCAAGUACGUCAGUCCUGCAAUCACCAACUACGGCGUGCUGAACUUUGACCACGUCAUCCAUUUUGCACCAGAAACAAAAUCAUUCGCACAAGACAUCAUGCAUCACCCCGGCUCCUCUCAAAGAAAACCGACCACCUCAUCGCGCUCUCUUCAACAAACCCCACUCACAUCACUCGUAACCGAAUUAUCACUCAUUCCACCACCUCCAGAAACACCAUUCAUCUCAUUUCAUCCCGUUCUCUCUGACCCAACCACAAUCCCUGUCCCCAUCCUAAGCUCAUCUCCAAUGCUCACCCCAGGUAUCCUCCCGGCCUGGUUCUCCGGCGCCCCACGUGCGCUCGGUAGCAGCCCAAUGCUCACGGCUCCGGCGGAGACGCCGCCGUCGACGAAAGGCGGUGAAGGCUUAUGGGCGGGCAGUCAGAUGGGCCUCGUCACCGGAUUCCAGACGAACGUAAACUCCCGCAGCUUGUUCAGCGACGAAUAUGCGAGGAAGGAGGCUCCUUCUGGAACGCCGUCUGGAAACUCGGAGUUUGCGAGGGAUGUUGCUGUCGUCGGGCAUAAUCGUAUGUAUACCAUCAACGAUGAAAUUGUAUACAUGGCGCAUAUCUCUUCACACGACAGCAAGACCUCGACGUGGAGGCCUUACAGCAGUAUCGACGACUCGCAGUUGGAAUUCUCGAUGCUUGACACUCACAUCCGCACUUCUCUACCGCCUGUUCAGUUUCGCGCUCCUGACAGGCACGGUAUUUUCAAGUUCGUCUUGAACUGGAAGAGGAAGGGCUACUCAUGCCUCUCAUCGAGUACAACUGUCCCCGUCGUGCUGCCGAGGCAUGACGGAUACCCUCACUUUUCGAGCGCCGCGUGGCCACAUUACACAGGAGCCAUCAGCACAAGUGUCGCAUUUUUUCUCUUUGCUGCUUUGUGGCUUGCAGGAGACGUCAAAGGCGGAAGAAGGCAUCCAGUGCCGAUUCUGGAUCUUGAGUUUUCGCAGUUCGACAACGAUUUUUCACAUAUACCACCAUCUAAUGGGGUUGUGAUAAACCCCAGCGGCUCAGUGCAGACCAAAAAUGCUCGAGGGCUUCUAUGUUCAAGCUUACAACAAGACUACAAAAUUGCGUCAUAG